GUUAGAAGUUUGUGGGUUCCUUAUUACUUAGAAAAUGAAAGGAUGCAGUUUGUCACUGAGUUAAGGAAUUUAAUUUAGAAGUUAGUUAAAAUUGUAAAAGUUGUAAUUCUGAAAAAAUAGAAUUCUUUCCUAGUGGUAAUGUAUAUCCUUGAUUUGCAACAUAGUAAUUAUGAGGAAUAUGGUUAUUUUGUAUUUUUUUUUAUGCAGUCUUGAGACAGGAUGCUGGGAAUGUAGCAAUGACGGUUCUUUUUUUUGGAGAUUGCAUCUGCAAACUUACUCUGUAACUGCUAGACAGUAAGAAUUUUCUGCUUUUUGCGCUAUAUAAGGUCUGUCACAUUUUCUUCUUUGUUCUUGCCUUUUGUUUUUCUGUUUUGUUUUUCAUUUUUUUUUCCUAGACCUUUUAAACUAUAAAUCCUAUUCUUAGUUCACAGGACACACAGAAAUAAGACAAGAGCUGGAUUUGACCCAUGGCCAUUGUUUGUUUAGGUUAUGUAGUCAGAAAAGUUAUUGGCAGAUUUUAGGCAGGUGGUAUUACAUGUCCUGAUUUUUUUAUUCAGAAUGGCACAAAAGUAAUAGAACAGAUAAGGCAGAAGGAGAUGACAGGGAAUUGUCGUAAGGUUGGUGAGUUUCUGCUUCAACUAGAACCAUUUAUUGAGAAAUGGAAGCGGUGGGAAGAAACUGAUAUGGGAAUUAAAUGUAAGUUCUCUUUAGAACACAUUAAAUUUUAGCUUCUCAUUAGAUACCUAAAUGGAAUUGGCUAUUAGAGUCUAGGGGAGGGUCCAUGACUAUUUAUCUACUUAUGAAAUAUACCUCAGCAUACAGAUGGCAUGUAAAGCCAUGGAAUUGAAUGUCAUUACCUAAAGAAAGCAGAGGGCCAAGUCAAGGGGCUGUCCUACAUUUAGAAAUGAGGCAGAGAAGAGAAUCCAGCAAAGGAGCUUGAGGAGCAUAAGAGUAUCCAGUAUAAUUAGAAGACAACCAGAAGAAGAAGUGUCUUGGAAGCUAAACAAGAGAGGUCAGCUUUGUAUGGUCAUUCUGUCAAGUGAGAUAAACAUGCCAUUGAGCUUAGUAUUUUGGACUUUGAUAAGCAUAAUUUUACUGUGGCUAGAUACAGUGGUGCACACCUGUAAUCCCAGCUACUUGGGAGGCUGAAGCAGGAAGAUCACAAGUUUAAGGUCAGCGUUGUCAGCGAGACCCUCUCGCAAAAUAAAAACUAAAAAGUGUGGGAGAUGUGGCACAUAGAUGUAGAGUGUCCCUGGGUUCAAUCUGUAGUACCACAAAGCAAACAAACAAAAGAAUUUUGUGUCACUGGAAUAGGAUGGGACAAAAAUUGUAUGGAAGUUUUACACUGAAGGGGAGCAGAAAAAUGAUACUGGAGUGAAGGUGUGGUGUGAUGAAGAGAGCAUUAUUUGUUGUUUUGUUGGUAUUUGCUUAAUAAUAAGAAUGAUCCAGUAGAGAAGAGGAAUUUGAUGUUGCAAGAGGGAUUUACUUGAAUAUACUAGGGACUGUCAAAUUCAUCUAUUUUAUUUUUAAUAUUUAUUUUUUAGGUGUAGAUGGACACAACACAAUGCCUUUAUUUUUAUGUGGUGCUGAGUAUUGAACCCAGGUCCUGCUGUGCUAGGCAAGCGCUGUACCACUGAGCCACAAUCCCAGUCCACAAAUUCAUCUAUUUUAAAGGGCAAAAAAGAAUUGCCUGCGUUGAAAGGGAAGAAUAAAGAGUUUUAUAAAUAGACUAAGAAUAAAAUCCUAGGGAAUGGAAGUUUAAGGGAAACACAAUAUAAAUGGCAAGCAUUUAUUUUGGCUGUAACAGCUUUCCUUUAAGCUAGUGACAAAGGAAGUGGUUCAGAAGGGUCAGAUCAAGAAAGACUACUGUAUUAACCACAGAAUUUAGAAUUUUUUUAAUAUAUUUUUUUAAUUGUAGUUGGACACAAUACGUUUAUUUUUAUUUAUUUAUUUUUAUGUGGUGCUGAAGAUCGAACUCAGAGCCUUGCAUGUGCUAGGCAAACACUCUAACACUAAGCCACAACCCCAGCUCCAAAAUUUAGAAUUUUUUAUUAAGAUAGGCUCUUCUGAAGAAUUUAAAAAUGGGAAAGUACAUUUUAAAUUAUUUUAUUAGAGCAUUAUAUUUAUACAUGAUAUUUGGGUUCCUUUUGGUAUAUUUUACAUAAAAGGAAUCUGAUUUCAAUCCCCAUUCCUCCCCUCCUUUCUCCCUCCUUUUUUCUGUCUAUUCUAUUGUUCUUCCUUUCACACCUUUAUUUAUUUGUUUUUUAUUGGUACUUUCUACAUAUGCAUGAAAGAGAUAAUUCCUUUGUUGCAUUUAUAUACACACAUGACAUGUUGGUUAGAUUCAGGGAAAGUAAAAUUUUGACAUCAUUUUAAAAAGGUAAUAUAAAGGAAGAUAGUUGGGAAAGUUGGUAAAACCGUAGGCAGGGAAGCCAAUGAAGAAUUACAGUAACCUAGGCAAGCAUAUCAAACAGAAUGUAUAUUAUUUAUUUAUUUAUUUAUUUAUUUAUUAUUUUUACUUUGGACGCUAGGGAGAUUCAGCAAAUAUAGAAUUAGGUAAGGUCGGUAUUAUGGGAUGCAGCGGUGGAAUGGCGCUGGGCGCGUGAUUUUGAACAAACCCGGGUCUGUGUUUCGGAGGCGCCGCCGCCGCCGCGGCUGCUGGGAGCCCAGGAAGCGCCGCGCGAGAAGGAGGCCGCGGCGCCGCCGGUUUUGCACCUGAUCACCUUUCUAGCAGGAGAACGAUCAUGGAGGUGGUGCCAGCUGAGAUUGCUAAGAAGCCUCGAACACCAACCUGUGGUCCAGUAAUCACGAAGCUGAUCUUUGCAAAACCAAUUAAUAGUAAAGCAGUUACAGGACAGACAACUCAAGUAUCACCAUCAGUCAUUGCAGGUAGGGUUCUUUCACAGUCUACUCCUGGAACUCCAUCAAAGACCAUUACAAUAUCAGAAAGUGGUGUUAUUGGAUCAACUUUAAAUUCUACAACACAGACACCAAAUAAAAUAGCCAUCUCACCUUUGAAAUCGCCAAAUAAGGCAGUGAAAUCAGCUGUGCAGACCAUCACUGUUGGAGGAGUGAGCACAUCACAGUUUAAGACAAUUAUUCCUCUGGCAACUGCUCCCAAUGUCCAGCAGAUUCAAGUGCAUGGAAGCAAGUUUCAUUAUGUCCGACUUGUUACUGCCACAACAGCCAGUAGCUCAACCCAACCAGUUAGUCAGAAUCCCAGUACAAACACUCAGCCUCUUCAGCAAGCAAAGCCAGUGGUUGUUAAUACAACCCCAGUGCGGAUGUCAGUUCCAUUUGUCCAAGCUCAGGCUGUCAAACAAGUUGUCCCCAAACCCAUCAAUCCAACUUCACAAAUAGUAACUACUAGCCAACCACAGCAACGGCUUAUCAUGCCUGCCACCCCACUGCCACAGAUCCAGCCCAACCUCACUAACCUGCCACCAGGUACUGUCCUGGUACCAGCUCCAGGAACAGGGAAUGUGGGUUAUGCAGUGCUUCCAGCUCAGUACGUUACUCAGCUACAGCAGUCUUCAUAUGUGUCUAUAGCAAGCAACUCUAAUUUUACUGGAACAUCUGGUAUCCAGACCCAGGCAAGACUCCCAUUCAAUGGCAUAAUUCCAUCAGAAUCUGCCAGUCGGCCAAGAAAACCCUGCAACUGUACAAAAUCGCUGUGUUUGAAAUUGUACUGUGACUGCUUUGCAAAUGGCGAAUUUUGCAACAAUUGCAACUGUACUAAUUGUUACAACAAUUUGGAACAUGAAAAUGAAAGGCAAAAAGCGAUAAAGGCAUGCCUUGACAGAAAUCCAGAAGCUUUUAAGCCUAAGAUAGGGAAAGGAAAGGAGGGAGAAUCAGAUCGACGUCACAGCAAAGGAUGUAAUUGCAAACGAUCAGGAUGUCUUAAAAACUACUGUGAAUGCUAUGAGGCAAAAAUAAUGUGUUCCUCAAUAUGUAAAUGUAUUGGCUGUAAGAAUUUUGAAGAAAGCCCAGAAAGAAAGACAUUGAUGCAUUUGGCAGAUGCAGCUGAAGUAAGGGUGCAGCAACAAACAGCAGCAAAGACGAAAUUAUCCUCUCAGAUUUCAGACUUACUUACUAGGCCAACACCGGCUUUGAAUAGUGGAGGAGGAAAGUUGCCAUUUACAUUUGUAACUAAGGAAGUAGCUGAAGCCACAUGUAAUUGCCUUCUCGCCCAGGCAGAGCAGGCAGACAAGAAGGGAAAAUCAAAGGCAGCAGCAGAGCGGAUGAUUCUUGAGGAAUUCGGACGAUGUUUGAUGAGCGUCAUCAACUCUGCAGGAAAAGCAAAAAGUGACCCUUGUGCCAUGAAUUGCUAACUCUUGCACAAGACUGAUAAAUGAACCUGUACAGAAAUUUUAAGGAUGCUUGACUAUCUGGAAGAUAGUUUAACAAUUACUGUAUUUGAAUUCAGUCCUUGUUUUAAGAGACCUGAAAUUAUAAUAUUGAAAGAGAAGAAAUUUUAAAUGAGGAAAUUAGUACAUUUUAAAUCUUAGUUAAUUCUAUGCCCCUUCUAAAUAGAAUUUUUCUUUUAAAAUUUUUUCUUUAUUGUAUUAUAUAGAUUUUUAAUUUACUUGGGUUUCUUAAGAAUUAGAUGUUCUAUCCUUCUGAUUCUAUUGGCAAAGAACAUUUAUAAAUUACUAUGAUAUAAUUUAUAAUGUAUGGCGUUGUAUGACUUUGUUCAGUAGAAAAAACCAAAGCAGCAUUGGUAUUGCCAAGUCAUUCUUUGGUUCUAGAUUUAGAAUAAACAUAGACAGAAUGUCUACAUAAACAAAUUAUGGAACAUAUUUGGACGACAUCUUAUGUUUAGAAAAGUGCUAUCUUCUUAAGAAAAAUUAGCUUUUUUAGGGUGAAUUCUGGGAUAUGCUAUUGUCACUUUGAUAAAUUAGAAGGGGAAGUAAUCCCCAGGCACACUUUUAAAAUUAAAAGUUAUAUUUUCCAAAAAACAGAACAAAAGAAAACAAAAUAUUAAGGGACAGUAAGUGAUUUUCAAAAGAUGGGCAGUUUUUCUAUAAUGAGGAAUGGCUAACAUGCUGAAGGAUGUCUCCAUUGUCUUUCAGAGGUGGUAUGUGUUUGAAAUAAUAAAUUGUUGAAGUGAUUGCUGGGUAUUGUUAAAAUGAGGUAUGUGUGAAUAGAAGUAAACAUUAUGUAGUGAUAAUGUAGAUCCUCUCAUAACUAUCAAGUAUAAAAUUUGGCUUGAAUGGAGAUAUAAGGAAUAAAAAGCUGUAAGAGAGUGAAUUUAGGGAAAGAUUUUUCAUCUCUACAGUUUUCUUUGUAGACUUUUGAACAGAAAAUUUUCAAACCAAUACACGACUCUUAAUUGAUUUACUCAAAUGGGCUGCCUAACAAAGCAUUCAAAAUUAUAGUGGGAUUUUUUUUAUAUGGGAUGUUUAAUAUGCCAUUAUUUUUAGCCAGUGAUUUGGUAAGCUGAAGGUACGUGUGUUUUCAGAUAAUUGUUGAAAUUACCUAAAUCAUUUUCAGUAAUUUAAAAACUCUAUGAAUUUAAGAGCCUUUUAAUAGGACUCCUGAUUUUAUGACAAAACAACAACAACAAAAAACCAUGUUGGAAUUCAGGCGUUUUGUUAGGUGCUUUAAUCCUCAGUAAUUAUUAGUAUAUGAUCAUUACAUUUCCUAUAAGGACUCUAUAGUUGUAUGUAUUAAGUGUGUAUAUAUGUUCAUAUGAACAUGCAAGAUAUAGGCAAUAGAAAUUAAGUAAUCCAGAAGAGGAUUCCGUUAUUCAUUAAAGUAUCCUUCUUUUGAAAUUUGGAUUUAUAAAAUUAUAGUGCAGUAACUUUAAAUGUAGAUAGUGCAAACAUUCUUAGCACCUCAAUCUAGUAUGUCUAAUUAAAUUUGUAUAAAUGUAAAUUACUGUAAGAGGAUAAAAUAAUAUCUAAUGAAGUUAUUUUUCAAAAGAUUGCAAUAAGUUUUUGGUCUGAACCUAAACUUUGUUCAUUUUGUAUAUAUUCUGUGUUAAUUCUAAUUGCACCAUUGUGAUGUGUAUUUAUAUACAGUGUGCAGAAAAUGUUUGUGAAAUUUUGAUUACAAUUGUAGAUUAUGUAUGAUGGCAUUGCUUAAGAAUGUCUUGCUUGUAAAAAUUUGAAGGUGCAAUCAAAUGCUACUAGUUUUUGAUUUUCAAGAAGCUAUCUAAAGAAUUAAGCCUUUUUCUUCUUGUGUAGUACUUACUAAACAACUUUUUGUAUUUAGGCAUUUGCAUCAAAUUGCUGAACAAGAUUAAUAGCCACAUUAAUCCAACAAUUUUAAAAGACUAUUUGGGGAGGGUUGGGUAUAUAAUUUUCUAGCUCUAUUUACAUCCCAAAGUAGAAAGAUUAAAUUUAUAUUUACUAGAGCUAUUCAAAUACACUUUUCUAUAUUGUAAAAACAGGAUAGGAAAGUAAAUCAUACAGAAAAUAAACAUUUAUACUAUUCUGUAAAAAAAAAAAAAAAAAAG